GUCUGCGCUUUUCCCCGGAAAAUGACUCCUCCAGGUGGGGAGGAGAGAAGUGAGCGGCUAUAGGUGAGGGCUAUAGGCUACCGUCACCGGGACAAAGGUGGAACAGGAACAGAUAUCGCGGCUCUUGGGCGUUUUAACUUCAAUCAGCGUGAAGCCUACAGUUUUAAUAAUGGUUUUGACGCAAGAGUCCGUGUUGUUUUUGCUGAUAGCGCAGGGGGGCAAAGUGAAGAAAUUCGACUUGGUGGCGAAGUUCAAAGCUUUAAUAGACUGCGACGAUCCCGCAGAGAGAGAACGGAACAGGGAGCUUUUUAAGACUAUUGUCAACAAUGUCGCCUUUGUCAAAGAAAUCGACGGAGUCCGUUACGUUGUCGUCAAGAAAGUGUAUCAGCAUUUGUUGGACGGUGUCCAGACUGCGGAAAGCCCUGUGGAAAAGACUGAAAAUAAAGAGAUCCCGCUGACAGGUGAGCAGCAGCGCCCACCUGCGCUGAGUGAGACGACUGGAAGCUCUGAUCAUGCAGGAGUGGAGAUAUCAGCUGUUUCUGAGCCAGAUCCAGAACAGGCAAGUGAAAGUGGUGAAAAUCCUACGGAAUUACUUUCUCCAAUGCAGCUGGCGUUGCAAAGGAGCAAAUAUUCGGAUGUUAGAGUUAAAAGAACGCUGAAUUUUGAGAUCCAAAGGCAGGGCACAAAUGGAGAUAACUGUUCAAGAAGGGGUGCAGUGAAUGAGCCCACCAGCAUCCAGAGCAAACCAUAUGGCUUACCUCUGAGGAUGCCACCCACCGCAACCAGGGUGGAGACCCGCAAACUGAAGGUGGACCCAGAUAACCCUCCUGAAAGCCCAAAACUGGACUCCUCUAGGAAUAAGAAAAGGCCUCCUACAGUGGAGACAGGCAUCAGCUCACCCCAGCUGAGACGGCCAGGGAAGAGCACUAAGGCGUCAGUGGAGCCCAAAGAGACAAAGGCCUCCUACUUGGUUCCCCUGGAGCCGUCAGAGCAUGAAUGGCUGGUCAAGUGUGCAGCUGGCCACUGGAGCCAAGUUUACGGCCUGCUGCUGAGAGACAACCAGCUGGCCGAGAAAAGGGACUUCAUGUCAGGGUUCACCGCUCUGCACUGGGCAGCCAAAUGUGGGAACAGUGAAAUGCUUGUGAAGAUUAUCGACCUAUCGAGGCAAGGAGGAGUUGACAUUGACAUUAAUGCAAAAACACACGGCGGAUACACUCCUUUGCACAUCGCUGCCUUGCACAACCAAGAGUACAUCAUGGCCAUGCUGGUGGGGGAGCACGGGGCCAAUCCAAGCAUCAGGGACAACUACGGGAAGAAGGCCUAUCACUAUGUGCACAGAGGCGUUUCUGAGACUGUGAGAGAGAUGCUGGGUGAACCCAAAGCCCGGGAGCCUCAGGACAGGGACCUGCAUGAGAAAGAAGAGCUGGAGCUUUUCCCGGAUCUCUCCAAGGGCCUGCAUUCAAUAAGCCGUCUCUUCCAGCCCAACGUGACGGGCCACAAGAAGAAGCACAAGCAGAGGCCAGGACUUUACUCCCUGAGCGAUGACCCCAGCCAGGAACGAGAAGACAACAGCUUCAGACACAGAAUCGUAUCAGAUGCUUUUAUGUAAACUUUACACACGUUCUUGUCCUGUAUUCAUGAGGAAUAGCGUUGUCAAUCUUUCGAGAGUGUGACUGGCAUUCCUCUGAUUUUCAGGCCGUCUUCAACAGUGACAAAAUAAAGCAAUGACUCCUUUUUUUGUUUUAUUUAUAUUUUUUGGCAUUGGUAUUUGUCAGAUGCCAUAAAAUAUGAAAGAUGAAAUGAAUGAAAAUAUGCUCUUAUCAGCAUAAUUGUUUGAUUUUGAGUUAUAAAAGUAGGGUUUUAGUUUUGGAUGUUACCUGUAGGCCUAUGAGUUGUAUUCAAAGGUAAAGUUAACCAGUGUAACAUGAUUCAGAGAAUAUUCCAGUGGGUCCUGUGAGUCGUCUGAUUACUCACCCGUCUAUGAUAUCUCAAAGGCAUCAUCUUCAUCUUCACUCUGCCUUUUCUGCUCACAGCUAAGCUUAACAAAAUAAUCCUAAAUAAUGUUUAUUUUAUGUUUAAUUACUGAUUGUAAUGAAUCCCUGUUUUUUUUAAAUUGAGUUUUAUUUUUCACUUACAUUUUAGUUAAAAAAAACCGCAUGUCAUAUAGUCCCAGUUAUUGUGAUUUUUAAAUUAACUGCACUCAGUAAUUCAGACUGUACACUACUUAUUUUCCCUAUGUGCAUUCAUAACUCGUUUUUUAAAUGUCAGUUCUCUUCAUAAAUGUCUUCCCUAUUACACUGGAGGAUGAGGAGUGGGGCAGAAUCUGUAGGAAUAUUAAAACUAUGUCACUGAUGUGAGGGUGCGCCUCAUUCAGUUCAAGAUUAUGCAACGCUUCUAUUGGACUCCCUCCAGAUGUAAUGUAAAUGUAAUAUUAACGGUUUGCCAGAUUGGAUGUUUAAACUAGAAAAUGGGGAGAAUUUCCAGCUUUCUAGAGGGCUCCUAAGAAGCUUUGUGCUGGGGAGAGACGUGUAUGAUGGGCUUAUGGUGUUGUCAUUUAUUCAUAUGUUUAUUUUGUUUAUGGUGUAUUGUCUAUUAUGUUGAACGGUCUUGAAUAUUGUAAUUACUGUGUCAUCUUUUCUUGAUUUUGGUUUGGUUGGGUGGUGAUGACGAGGGGGGGGAGGUGUUGUGGUGUAUGUUUUGUAUGUAAAAAUAAAAUGUUAAUCACAAAAAAAAUGUUUUCCCUAAUUCACUUUUUUUGAUCAAAAUGAAUCAAUGCCAACAAGGACAUCAAUUUAUGACAAAUAAAUUCUGCUACUGAAGUAGCAAUGAGAUCAAA